UUUGGGGAAAUCGAAACUCAGAAGAUAGAGAUAUAGAGAGAGAUCGCGGCGUUGCUGCUCACUCGCUACCCUGGUCCCCUGACCCAGCGGACGCACAAGACCAUGCUGAGCGGGGCGGUGUGCCCGCUGUGCCUGGAUUUCUACCGGAACCCAGUGAAGAGCCCGUGCGGCCACAGUUUCUGCAGAAGCUGCCUGAUGCAGCACCCGGGCCAGGGCCAGCUACAGUGUCCUCAAUGCGAGCAGGCGUUCGCCCAGAGCAGCGUCCGCACCGACAGGAGCCGCAGGAGGAGAGCGGACAGGGCUCGGCAACAGGUCAGGCGCCUGACCGAGGAGCAGGCUCUUUUCGGGGAGCAGGGAGCGGGCGCCUGCAGGAUCCAGCCGAGCAGUUCAAUGAAGGAGGUAGCGGAGAUGUACAAGGAAAUGCUGCGGAACAAACUGGGUUCUCUUCAGAAGCAGAGGGAGCAUCUUGACCGGUGCCAGGGUACAGAGGAAGCCAACCGAGUGGAACUGAAGAAAUAUGUUGAAGAUCUCCGGGAGAAUAUCAUCUCAGAGUUUGCGGAAUUGAAGCAGUUUCUCAGGAGCGAAGAGGCAGCCCUGAUAGCAAGACUUGAAGAAAAGCAGACGGUCGUGUCACGAGAAAUAGAGGAUAAUAUGAUAAAGAUUUCAACAGACUUGGCUGCUAUUAAUCAAACAAUAAGCAAAGUUGAAAGCUUGCUGGCUUUGCAGGAGGCUGAACUGCUGCAGGAUAUGAGGUCCAAUGUCAAAUGGUCCAGAGUCGAAUAUCAAGGUCCCAAAACACUUUCUGUUUCUCUGGCCCUGGGAGAGUUCAGUGGGCCUGUGCAAUACACAGUAUGGAGACGAAUGCUGAAGGAAAUAAAGACAGUUCCAGUGCCGGUGGUCAUCGAUCCCAAGACGGCGCAUCCCCACCUCAGCCUGUCGGCCGAUUGCCGGCGACUGCACGCCGCCAGCGGGAAGCAGCAGUCCAGGCGCCCGUGCAGGUUCGGCCGCUGCCUCUGCGCCCUGGGCUCGGAGGGAUUCACCUCGGGGACCGUCUACUGGGAGGUGAAGGUGAGGACCAACUGGGAGUGGGUGAUCGGGGUGGCCCCGCAAGCUAUCGUCGGGCUGAAGGGCCGCGGGCCCGAGGGUCGCGUCUGGGCCCUGAGGAGAUCGGGCGAGGAAUACUCGGCCCUGACCUCGCCUCACACCCCCCUGCACCUCAGUGUCAAGCCGCAGAAGAUUGGCGUCUAUCUAGAUUACCAGGCAGGACAGCUAUCCUUCUACAACGCUGACGACAUGUCUCACCUCUACACUUUCACCGAAACCUUCAGUGAGGAACUCUAUCCUUACUUCUACACUGGCUGCAAAAUGGACCCGCUAAAGCUGGUGAGCUUGCGUUUUUAAAGAACGGGAGAGGCCAGCUCCAUUUUUAUACUUUACAUAGAAACAGGAGACAGCCAUUCAACACAUCAGAAUCAUAGAGUGCAGCACGGAAACUCGGUCCAGCUCGUGCAUGUUCACCGGACACUCUAAAUUAACCCCAUUUGGCCCACACCCCUCUUAAACCCUUGCUAUUCAUAUGCCCAUCCAGAUCACUUUUAAAUGUUUUAAUUGUAUCGGCUUCCUCUGGCAGCUCAGUCCAUUCAUACACCACCCUCUGCGUGGGAAAAGUUGCCCCUUCAGUUCCUUCAAUAUCUUUCACCCUAAACAUGUGCUCCCUUGUUUUGAACUCACCUGCCCUGCGUCAACUUAUUCACCCUUUCCAUGGCCCUCAUGAUUUUAUGAACCUUUAGAAGGUCAUCCCUGAGCCUUCGACGCUCCAGGAAAAAUAGCCCCAGCCUGUGUUCAGCCUCUCCCUAUAGCUCAAAACCUCCAGACCUGGCAACAUCCCUGAAAGGGUGCAAAAAAUAUUUACAGGUUUUGCUGUCCACUACACCCAUUUUGAUGUCAUCUGCAAAUUUAUUAACCAUACCCGGUCCAUCAUUCAGUCAGAUCGAGAACCGAUUUGUAUCUUAACUCCUGUUUAUGUGCUGGGCUCCCUAUCCAUUGACAAACAAAAAAUAUCAGGGAUAACAGGGUGUAGAGCUGGGUGAACACGGCAGGCCAAGCAGCAUCAGAGGAGCAGGAAGUCUGAUGUUUCGGGCCUAGACCCUUCUUCAGCGAAAAAAAACAAAAAAUUAUCUAUCAGUUUUGACAUUUUCAGUGCCCCACCCCAACCUUCCACUGUGCCAAGGAAUGCUCGCUGACAGCACUCCUGUUUCCAGUCUUCAGGUUAUUCUCCCGCUGUUCAGGAUCUAAUCCCACCUCCCCCCACCAAAGUUCCCGACCCAGGGAAACUGUUUCUCCUUUUCUAUUCUGUGAAACCCUUUUGAUGUUUGUAACGUCAGGUUAGUCGACUGGGGAACUGAGUAGCAUAAUGUAACCCUCUAAAGCCCAACAGGUAUCAAAAUGUCGAAAUGUUCUCUUGGGUGAUGCUCAUCUGAGUUUAGCAUUCGGUUGUGUUAACAACAGAAGUAUUGAUGAAAUGUAACCUUAUCCUGAUUAUUUGUGAUAUUCUGACACAACCUUUUUACUAGGAUAAUAAAAUGUGAGGCUGGAUGAACACAGCAGGCCAAGCAGCAUCUCAGGAGCACAACUAGGAUGUUGCCUGGUAUGGAGGGAAGGUCUUACGAGGAAAGGCUGAGGGACUUGAGGCUGUUUUCAUUAGAGAGAAGAAGGUUGAGAGGUGACUUAAUUGAAACAUAUAAAAUAAUCAGAGGGUGAGAUAGGGUGGAUAGGGAGAGCCUUUUUCCUCGGAUGGUGACAGCGAGCACGAGGGGGCAUAGCUUUAAAUUGAGGGGUGAAAGAUAUAGGACAGAUAUCAGAGGUAGUUUCUUUACUGAGAGAGUAGUAAGGGAAUGGAACGCUUUGCCUGCAAUGGUAGUAGAUUCGCCAACUUUAGGUACAUUUAAGUCGUCAUUGGACAAGCAUAUGGACGCACAUGGAAUAGUGUAGGUUAGAUGGGCUUGAGAUCGGUAUGACAGGUCAGCACGACAUCGAGGGCUGAAGGGCCUGUACUGUGCUGUAAUGUUCUAUGUUAUGUUCUAACCUAGAAUCCAAUUCACCUGCCCUGCCUCCACCACUUUGCUUUCUCACCAUCGCCUUGUCCUUGAAGUAACAGCUUAUCGAGGGCCAAAAAAACCUUUCAUUCACUGCCACUAAGAGGAGUUAAAGCAAAUUAUUUAGAUCCAUAUCAGGGCAAGCAAGAGGCUGAGUGAGAAACGAGGCGUUGUUAGGGGUUUUUGCACCACAGUGGUAGUGUCUUUGCCUCUGGGAUGGAAGGCCUGGUUUCAAGGACCACUUGUGCCAGAGGCGUAUCUCAAACUAACUAUUUCAAACAUCUUAAAGGAUUUACCAAUCAGGCAAAAGUGGUGUUGAGAAGCAGUUCACACAGACUAGGAACACCAGUAAGGAUUUGUUCAUAAGUUUUCAACUACUAUUAUUAGGAGAACAACAUCAUCACAGUUACUCUAACCCUUUUCCAAAUUCUAUUUGUGCUGCAAAUCCAAUCAUUACUUUACAAGUAGCAGCACAUUUUCUAAACUUCAUUGCAUGAGUUGAAAUUGUCUUGUUACAUUUUGAUUUGCAGAUUAUUUACAAUUGUAUUUCUUCACCAAUGUAUGAAUUAGCGAGAUCUAGAACUGAUAAUAAGCCUUUGAUAUUGAACCUGUUCAUUGCACAAUAAUAUGGCACUUUUGCCUGGGUUCAAGUCCCAACUGCUCCAGAGAUGUACAAUAAAACUUCUGAACGGGUCGAUUAGAAAUAUGUAAACUGCUUUAAAAUUACACUGAAUCAUUUCCUGCAUAUUUUUUGUUUGCUUAUUAUUAGAUGGAAUGUAAAAGUGCAAUGUUCAGAUUAAUUUAUAUAAGUGAUUGAAUUAAUAUAUACAUGUAUAAUAGAGUGGUGAUGUUGUGAGCCGUCAUGAUUUUGAAACAUCUCAGCAUGGGUAUUGAUGUUUGAAAUUGUAAUUAUCAUAUUAUUUACAAUAAAGAA